AUGGACCAUCAGGAAUCAAUUAUCAACCACCACCCAUCGACGGCACUGAACCCGGAACCGCGCUUACCAUGGCGGAACUUUAUAAAGCUGAUCCUGAUUGGCUGUGCCAUGACGACCAUUACCAACUUCCCAUCAGCCUUCACGCACACGUCGGUAAACACGGCCGUCAAGGAGUUGAAGGGCUACCUGAACGAGAGUUUCGACGAACGAGGCUGGGAGUUGAAUCGUGAACAACAGAGUGUGGUCCAUGGAUUCGUCAACUCGUGCUGGUUUGCUGGUCAAGUGAUUGGAAGCUUUUUUUCGCCUCUCAUCACCGACAAAUAUGGAAGGAAACGUAAGUGUUUUGAUUAGGAGGGUAACUGUGUUUGAGGUGGAAGUUGAGUGGAAGAAUUUUAGUCUAUUUUGCACUGAAAAUCUUCCACUCACCUUCCAUUUCCAAAAAGUCUUAAAAUGUCCUAAAAACGCGUUUUUGACACUUUUUACAAGUGAAAGUUGAGUGGAAGAUUUUCAGUGCAAAUUGCAUUACAAGUCUUCCACUCAACUUUCACUCUUAAAAAUGAUUAAAAACGUGUUUUUAGGCUAUUUUAAGGUAUUUUAAAAGUUCUUUCUUGCUUAAAAUACUCUAAAGUCGCAUUUUCAAGACUUCAAAAAAUGGUGCUAUUGGUACCACUGGUACACUUGGUACUAUUUUUGAAGAAUGUUAAUUUUAUGAUGUUUUUACAAUAUAGAAAUUAUAAUUGAAUGCCAUUUUAGCUGCAUACCUCUUGUCGACAGCCAUGAUGACGUUGGCAUGUGCUCUCCAAGCCAUCAGCACUAUGUUCCCAUACCCAGAAUUCCUAGUAAUUGGAAGAAUCUUGGCUUCUAUGUUUUCCCCCAUGAGUGAUGCUGCAUUCGUGUUGUACAUGCAGGUAGGUAUUGGCACAUUUUUGGUUUUUUAUUUUGGAAUUUUAUAAAAGGUAGUUCUUUGAUUUUUUUGGUGUUAAAAGCAAUGUUUUUGACCUUUCUAGUAGAGUAAAAUAGGUUUGAAAGUCUUUUUUGGCUAUAAUGAUGGCUUGGAAGCUUUUAAAAAAGUGGAAGUUGAGUGGAAGAUUUGUAAUUUAAUUUGCAUUGAAAAUCUUCCACCGAACUUCCACUCUCAAAAAGCGUCAAAAACGCGUUUUUAAGCUAUUUUGAGACUUUUUAAAAAUGGAAGUUUAGUGGAAGGUUUUCAGUGCAAUUUACAUUACUAAUCUUCCUUUUAACUUCCACUUUUUGAAACCUCUUUUUUGAGACCUGUAAACAAAGUUUUUGCUCAUUUUUGAAAAUACUAUAAAAUACGAGUUUAAAAAAUUUCAGGAGAUUUCCCCAACUGGUAUGCGUGGUACAAUGAGCGCGUUCUUCGCCUCCGGUUACGCGGUGAUGGCCCUUCUCGGUGCGGUUCUCGGAAUGGAAUCGGUUCUGGGCCACUCACUGCCACUUUUAUUCAGUGUUCCAAUUGCGCCCGGUAUUUUGUCACUCGUCUUCUUGGCCAUGGUACCAGAAACGCCCAAGUUUUUGCAGCUGGCUGGUGCCAAGAAGGCCCAUAAAUUGCGAAAAGCACUAGAAUUCUAUCAGGUAGGUUUGGUUUUGGAACUUUAUUUACUGGGGGUGUGGAGGGGUAAAAGAAGAAAUGUUUGGUUAGGAGACUAAAAUGAGGCAAGAUAUACCUAUUUUUAAACGAAAUUUGGAUAAAUGUUAAAGUGGUACCACUGGUACACUUGGUACCAUUUUUUGAAAAAUUUUAAAUUUUGGUUUUUUUGAAAUUUUAGAAAAAUUAAAAAAUAAUAUUUACAGUAUUAGUAGUACUAAUGGUACCACUGGUACACUUGGUACCAUUUUGAAAAUUUAAAAAUUUAGAUUUUUUCGAAAUUUCAGAAAAAAAUUGUAAGUUGUAUGAUUAGCAUUAGUGGUGCUAAUGGUACCACUGGUGCAAUUGGUACCAUUUUUCUUAAAAAGCUUCAAAUUGUUUAAUAAACUCAAACUUUUUAGGGCCCAGCCAUGGACACCUCCUUCUACAAGCCUUUGGCCGAUAACGGUCACUCGAAACAAGAAGGAAUGAUGACCGACCGGUCGUUCUGGGACCUAUGGAGACGUCGAGAGCUCCGUCGUGCCAUCUUCCUGACUUUUGCUGUCUUUGCCCUAGCUCUACCCUUCUACCCGAUCCUCCAAUCCUCAACACACUUCAUGAAAGAGGUUGGAAUCUCAGCCGAAAUGGCCGAGUUCUCAUCCACCGGCCUCAUGAUCAUGUUCGUGGUGGCCAGUGCGGUCGGGACCCUCUUGAUGUCCCAUGUAUCGCGAAGAGGACUGAUCUUGUGGAGUGGGUUCUUUUCCAUCAUCUCCAUGUUGGUCUUCGUCAUUGGAGCGAGAUACAGCCAGGGCGCUGUUGUGGUGAAGUAUAUUGCGAUGUUGGGCUUCUACGCCUAUACCUUGUGUUAUGGGUAAGUUAUUGGGUAUUUGACGGUCAUAUUUUGGGUAUUACAUCAGAAAAUGAUAGGUUUUUGUAGAAUUUGAGAAAAAAGUUGAAAUUUUGGUCCAAAAAUGGCAGUUUUUGGGAGUGGAAGUUGAGUGGAAGUUUUGUAAUGUAUUUUGCACUGAAAAUCUUCCACUAAACUUUCAUUUUUAAAAUGUCUUAAAAUGGCUUAAAAAUGAGUUUUUGAGACUUUUCAGAAGUGAAAGUUUGGUGGAAGAAUUUUAGUGUAAUUUGCACUGAAAACCUUCCAAUCAGCUUCCAUUUUCAAAACGUUUUGAAAUUAUGUAAAAUUACAUUUUUAACAAUUUUUAGGCUUUUUUUGAGAAUUUUAUGACUAUUUUUAAGCCUAAAAACUCUAAUUUCCCUCCAUUUUCAGGCUUGGCUUUGGCACAGUGUCCUACUUUAUUGGUACCGAAUUCUGCGACAUCGAGUACCGUUCGACGGUCUUCUCGGUCUGCUACUCACUCAACAACAUCUUCAUCGUCCUUACCAACAUGCAAGCCAUUUGGGCAUUCAAAAAGUUUGGACCAGUCGCCUUUCUACCACUCUUUGGUGUACCAUGCCUUACAGCGCUGGUAUACCUCUACUUUAGACUGCCAGAGACCCGAAACCGUGACAUUGAGGACAUUGUCGAGGAGCUGAGGUCAAACCGAUGUGGCCUAAGGUCGGCGGCAUUGCUGAAUGCGGACAAGGUGGCACCAGUGUUUAGUGCGGUAGAGGAGUUGGAUGUGACCGCCAUCCAAGCUCAGGACUCACCUCAGAAGCUGAACAAGUCCGAGGAGAAUCUGGAGACGUGA